AUGGGGUUUUCAGGCAAAAUAAGUGUCACCGAGAAGUGGGACGUGACGCCUCCUCUCUCCUAGGCCAGCAUGAUCCCGGGGCACGGGCCGGUGCUCCAGUCAGUGCUGGGGACCUUCCUCACCUGGGGGCUGACGGCGGCGGGCUCGGCGCUGGUGUUCGUGUUCUCCAGUGGGCAGAGGCGGAUCCUAGAUGGGAGCUUGGGCUUUGCCGCGGGGGUCAUGCUGGCUGCUUCCUACUGGUCCCUGCUGGCCCCGGCUAUCGACAUGGCCGAGGAAUCCGGCGACUUCGGAGCCUUCGCCUUCUUCCCGGUGGCCGUGGGCUUCACCCUGGGAGCAGCUUUCGUGUACUUGGCCGACCUGCUCCUCCCAGCGCUGGGUUUCAGCGGACCUCCCCACGCAGCCUUUGCCCUGAGCUGCGACCAACGAGCGGUGAAAGAAAAAUACGAGCAGGAACCUGCCCAUCAGCUGGACUACGAGAGCGAGUUGUCCAUCCGGAUAGGUAGAGCUGGGCUCCAUCCAGGCAAGCAUCCUGUCAUAUACCCACCGCGGAGUGUCCAGGGGGGAAUACCCCCCUUAAACUGGCACCCAGACUGUCACGUAUGUGAUUGAAAUUAGAUUGGUUUUGACACGUGCAUGCAAAAUGCACCUCCUCUUCCCUUCUCCGGAUCUG